AUGGCCUCUUCACUCAACUCCGCCUCCUUCCAAGCCCCCGCACACCGAAACUUGCAAGCGAUUUCGGCGGCUGUCCCGUCUGCGUACCCACGGCCCCCAAUGGCCCAGUCCCACGCAGCCCCACCAUUUGAAGGCAUUGUCGACUUUACUUAUCCUAGCUCGCUCCCAGCGCAUCAACAGUCCUUUACGGGUUAUCCGACCGGCUCCGAUCUCGUGCCCCAGCAUGUCGGCCGUCUAGACGGAACUGAAUGGAAGCAGUCUUCAUUCUUUUCCUAUAGACCAAACGAGGUCAAGCAUCGCAAGAGGACAACCCGUCAGCAGCUCAAGGUGCUCGAAGAGACGUUCCGCACCACGCAAAAGCCAGACGGCAAUCUCCGCAAGACACUCGCCGUCCAGCUGGACAUGACCCCGCGCAACGUCCAGGUCUGGUUCCAAAACAGACGUGCAAAGGAUAAGACACUUGCAAAACGUGCUCAAAAGAGCCUGGAAGAGCAACAGCCCAAGGAUAUGGCCGCAGGACCCGCGGACGCGAUCGAGACUUCUUCGCCCAUGGACACGCCAAACGUCACCUCGCCUGUCGACUCGAUAGGCACAUAUGUCCAGUCUGACGUUCUCAGUCCGCUUUCGUCGCACCCGACCUCGAGCGUGACCAGCCCCAUCGAUGCUCUCUACUCGCAACACGACGCAAUCGUAGAGUCGGUCAACUAUGGCUCUGACAAUGGUUCCAGCCAACAACCCCUUGCAUAUCCAAGGCAUAUUUUUGCGCCACGCGGAUCGCUCCCGCACAUCCAGGCCGUCCCGUACUCGCAAGACUUCCAACACCAGCGUUCCAAUUCUUCUCCCGCAUUUCUCACCAGUGUCGACAACUCCAACUUGUCCCUGACGACUUACGCAAGCAUCAACGGCAUCUUGUAUCCCCAGCAAAGCCACCCAAUGUAUCCAUCUUCUUAUUCGUCCAGCGCCUCGGGUAUUUCCGCAGGGCCUCUGCCUGCAUCGGACUUUGUGUUUGGCAUGCCCGCUCGCCCAGAUGCAGACAGGGAAACGGAGGCAACCUUUUCGCACAUUCGCUCCGUCUCCGGAAGCGACACCCCAUCGAGUCUCUCACACUAUGGCUCGGUCGCUUCAUUUAAUGAACACGGGUACGAAGAAGAAGUGGUUGGCGCCCCAACGGGAUGGCAACCUGAACAACGACGUGGUUCGAACGCGUUGACUCAGGGCGGCAUGUCUAGCCGCGGAUACUCCCCGCUCUCGGCUACUUUUGCUCAAUCCUCACCUCGCUCCGACUCUGCUCAAUGUCUCGAGGCCAAAGUCGAGUACGUGGACAAUGUCGCGUACCCACAGUCGUGGUCAUCGGCAUACUCGGACGACGCCAAGCCAUAUCCGUCCGAGUCGUAUGCUUAUGAGCGAUACGUUUACAGCCGUGAUGCAAACAUCGUCCCAAGCUAUGCCAAUGUCGAGCAACCGUACAACAUUCAACCUUCCUUCGCUCCCUACCAGCAAGCUCCAGUCGGCUACACAUACGCAUAA